AUGCCCAACUCGCGCUUGCCGUCUCCACCCUCAGCUCAGAUCCCCUCUGCCUCGUCGCUCUCCACGGUCUCCGAUACGCUCCAUCUUCUUUAUCACCAUAACAAAAACCAACACCGGAGCGCCAAAUGGUUUAAAUGGCUGGGGAUCUUGAAGCGAUGGACGAAUAGGUUAACCCUCGAGCUUCAGGUUGCUGAAGCUCAAGGCCAUCUGGAUUUGGCCUUUGAUGAUGAGGAGGCUGGUGGUAUCCGGAGUGUGAUGGCCCACAUGGGACGGAAUAUCGUUCCCCGAUGUUAUGGUGCGUUCUCCACCAUAAUCGCCGACAAACAGUUCUCCGCCCUGGGCGUGGUACUUCUAUCCGCGUUGGCGGAGAUAGCUGGCUUGAUAAAAAUGCCAGGUUUGGAAGGCGGCUUCCUCCCAGCAGAAGCAGUGGCUUCGCGAUUGGAUAUCUCUGUGGCAGCAACUAUUGAUGACGCCAGCGUGCCGAUACAUGAGCCAGAAAAUGAGAGACACGGUCAAGAGGAUAUCGGAGAAGUGAUCGGUCGUUCUGAAAUCGCUGAAGGUUCGCUGCCUAGACCUUCAGAAAAAGAGGAAUCCGAGAGUCAACCAAAUGUCUUUGGAGAACCCUUAGAAACCAGGACUAAAAAGGGUAAGAAAAGAAGAUUGGAACGAGACGAAAACCUUUCGGAGGAAGAUGUCUCCGCGAUAUCACAAAGGCAUGUGAAGGACAUACAGGCUCCUAGCCUGGUCAAAGUGAAAGAGAAAGAGAGGAAGAAGAAAAAGAAGAAAGGCAAUGCAAUUGAUGAUAUUUUUGGUGAUCUGGCAUGA